UUGGCCUUGCUCAGUCCGCAACGAGUUCCAUCGGCGACUCACGAUGGCUGCUGAAUCACCUCCCUCUCCCUCGCGGUCCAAGCCGUCGUCUCCUCCUCCUCCAUACACGGAGGUCGCAGAGCCUGCGCUGCAUGCGCAGUCGAGCAUACCAAUUGGCAGCCCGAACACUCCCAUAGCUUCGCCAUUCCCCACACAUACCGUCUACGGCCCAACGCCCAUCCAGCAACAGACACAGCUCCUGCCAUAUUACGACCCACGCUCUCCCUAUGCCAUGGCAGAGGCGAACAGCCGCGCGCGAUGGAGAUUCAUCACUGCAUUCCUCUGGGCCGUUGCAUUGGUGGGAUUGAUGAGCUUCCUAACCGGAUACGAGGUGUCCUUGCGCACGCGCGACAUGCACCACGGAGGCUGGAUGAGUGGCUCUGACCGUGCAGAGUGGUGACUACUGAGCGCGUGCCGGCGUGUGCACCAAUGAUUGAUGUUUUGAUUGACGACCGUCUGGACGAGCCUUCACGCACUGAAUCCUGUUAUUCUAUCACUUCUUUGUGUUCGUAGACACCGCGGGCAUAGCAUGCUUGACGUCGGAUAUCGCUCGUAUGACGAGAUAUUGCAGGAAGAACAUUACCAUACCCACUUGUAAUCAGGUCAUCUAUCUGCGGAACGUGUACUUUAUAAUCGUUAUAUCUCGCCUUCUCGUACAUAAGAAGGAGACCAUCAGAGCCCAGAAACGGCGCAUACAAUCGAUCCAC